CACUGUCGAGCUGUUUGUUUCUCAUCAAGUUCUGUUGUUCCACUUGCUCCCUUUUUUCUGUUGAAACAAGCUACUCAUCACGCUGGAGAGAGAAGAUGAACCCAGUGAUCCUGCUGUCCAUGUUCAUCUAUGCUCUGUAUCAGGUUCAUGAUGGUGUUGAGGUUUCAGAGUCUCAGAAAAUGAUUCCAGGAGUCCAGAGUGACAAAGACGCCCUCGGAGAAGGACGAAUCAAACAGUGCAGCCACAGGAGUGAUGACUCGGGUCUGUACUGGUGUGAAGGGAACACUGAAAGCUCUGACAUAAAUGAUCUUGCUGACAUUGUACAACCUGAGCAGAAUGUGAUACAGACGUCCUAUCAGGCACAGGAGAACCACAACAUCACACUAGAAUUCUCAACCAAACUUGGCACAUCCUGGAUCAACAUGGACAUCCUCUGUGAACUAAUAACUAUAGUUAAACGUAAAGUUGUGUAUAUUGUUUGUGAAGGUGUUGAGGUGUCAAAGUGUCAGGAUGAAAAGUUUUCAGGACGAGUCCAGAGUGACAAAGACGCCCUCAGAGAAGGACGAAUCAGACUUCAACUUUCCAGACUCAGGACUGAUGACUCGGGUCUGUACGUUUGUAAAGUGCUGACAGAUGAUUGCGCGUACUCUGCCAAAUGUCAACUCAAUGUCAGUGCUUUUUACAAGUCUGAUCUUCAGGCGCCAACUGUGCAUCCACAGCCAGAGAGUAAAGAAGGCUUCAGCACUGUUGGAUUGAUAGUGGGAAUAUUAGCAGCUGUACUGCUCAUCUGUGUCAUCUGUGGUACAAUUUAUUUUAUUUUUAGAAGGAAAACAAACCAACAAAAACGAAACCUUCUCAAAGAACGGCAUUUUGUAUCUUAUCAAAGCAUUUCAGCUGAGUCAAAAAAUCAACCUUCUGUAUCUUCAACAUCUGUUUAGAUAAAAUAAGGAAUAUAAAAAAAAGCAUAUUUCAUACCAAAUUACCUUAACACACAGAUAAGGUAGUUAAGAUUUGUGUGUCUGGACUCAACAAAAUAAUUAUAAAUAUUAUAUUUAAAUCAUGCACUCAUUUCCCUGUUAUUGUUUUAAGGUUUACAGCAUAAAUAAAUACCUGAUUUUAAAAGAGGAAUUGUUAUGAACUUUCUCUGUGUAGAAGUCCAAAGAGUGUUGUGAGAAAACUAUGUUAAAUUUAGCUGGGCUGGUGGAGGACGGUAUUAAAAUAAAAAAUGUAAAAUGAUGUAAAAUGAUUCCAUAGAGGAACUGUAAGGAUCUCAUUGUAUUGAAACCAGAGCUACUGAAGCACCUUAUUGAAAAAUAGUUCUUGUUAUUCUGAAAAAGUGUCUCAUGUAAAAAUCCAGCAGUCUGGGUAAAUUGCUGUUUUUUGUCAUGUUUGUUGACUAGUCUGACUUUUUUGUGAUUAACUUGCUCAAAGUUCUGUUAUUGUUGCUGAUACAAAUGGACACUGUAAAACUGUAAUAUUACAUAAACAUGCAUAAUAUA